GCAGGCUGGCUAGUAUCUGGCGGUGGUGGUGUGCGGUUGGACUGUGGUUGUGUUUCAGGUCUGGUCGUGUUGAUAACGACACACUUACGACGCAUUUCAUCGCGGGAGAGAUGGGAGUUAUGAAGAAAUGGCUCUGAAACAAAUUGCCCCAACGCUGCUGGCCCUGCUCGGGCUGGUGGCCGUCGGUAAUGCUUUACAUUGCAACUGCACAAACUGUGAGAAGACAGGCUAUGAGUGCGAGACAGACGGUGCCUGCAUGGCUUCAACUUAUUAUGUCAAUGGGAAGGAGGAACACGUACGUGUCUGCAUCAACCAGGACAGCCUGGUCCCUCCUGGGCAACCGUUCUACUGUUUGAGUGCUGAAGGUUUCUUCAAUACUCACUGCUGCUAUGUAGAUUACUGCAACAGUAUUGACCUGAAAGUCCCAGUCCCAACCAAAGGGGGGGAAUGGUCAACCCAAGUGAGCAACUGGGGGCCAGUGGAGCUGGUGGCAGUGAUUGCAGGGCCCGUGUUCCUGCUCUGUGUGUUGCUGAUGGUCGGGGUGUUCCUGUUCCAGUAUCACCAGAGGGCCUACAGCCACAGACAACGGCUGGAGGUAGAAGAUCCCUCCUGUGACCAUCUAUACUUGGCCAAGGACAAGACGCUCCAGGACCUAAUCUAUGACAUGUCCACCUCUGGAUCAGGCUCUGGUUUGCCCCUGUUUGUGCAGCGGACUGUGGCCAGGACUAUUGUGCUGCAGGAAAUAAUAGGAAAAGGUCGCUUUGGGGAGGUGUGGCGCGGGAAGUGGAGGGGAGGCGACGUAGCAGUGAAAAUCUUCUCAUCCAGAGAGGAGCGCUCCUGGUUUAGAGAGGCUGAAAUCUACCAGACAAUCAUGUUACGGCAUGAAAAUAUCCUAGGAUUUAUUGCAGCAGACAACAAAGACAACGGCACUUGGACUCAACUCUGGCUGGUGUCAGACUAUCAUGAGCAUGGCUCACUUUUUGACUACCUGAAUCGCUACUCUGUCACCAUUGAGGGGAUGAUCAAAUUGGCGCUAUCAGCUGCCAGCGGCUUGGCACACCUACACAUGGAGAUCCUAGGCACUCAGGGUAAACCUGGCAUUGCUCACCGUGACCUCAAGUCCAAAAAUAUUCUGGUUAAGAAGAACGGCACAUGUGCUAUAGCUGACCUAGGUCUGGCUGUCCGCCAUGAGUCUAUCACAGACACGAUCGAUAUUGCACCGAAUCAGCGCGUGGGCACUAAGAGGUAUAUGGCUCCAGAAGUCCUGGACGAAUCCAUAAACAUGAAACACUUUGACUCCUUCAAGUGUGCUGACAUUUACGCACUGGGCCUGGUGUAUUGGGAGAUUGCGCGUCGCUGCAACACAGGAGGUAUCCAUGAGGAGUACCAGCUACCCUACUAUGACCUUGUGCCCUCUGACCCGUCCAUAGAAGAGAUGAGGAAGGUGGUGUGUGACCAGAAACUGAGGCCCAAUGUGCCCAAUUGGUGGCAGAGCUAUGAGUCACUGCGCGUGAUGGGGAAGAUCAUGAGGGAGUGCUGGUAUGCCAACGGAGCAGCCAGACUGACAGCUCUGCGCAUCAAGAAGACUUUGUCUCAGCUCAGCGUGGAGGAGGAUGUGAAGAUGUGAGCGUACAGGCGGCAGAAAGACACUCUGGAGACGCACAACCAGACAACACUCCCAUAGGAAAGAAACACUAAAGACAGACUGCAAAUGAAAACCCUGCCAGUUUUAAAGCCACACUCCAAGUUGUGACAAGGCCUACCUCACCUUUUUAGCCAAAACUACUGAGAAUCAACCCUUCUCCUCCUCCUCCUGACUUUUCUCUCCCUUCCCCUGCCUCCCUUUAGCUCCUCACGUCUCUUCCUCCUUCCCUCUGACUCCCUUCUCCAUGGGCCACAACACUACAGCACUACCACUGUUAAUAUCAUCACACUCAACCUUUCUUUUUUCAUCUCCCAUGGCAGGAAGUAGAACUCUUGUACAGUGAAAAGAAUCUUCUGUUUUUGAUCAUCUGUUUUCUUGUUUUUCCUUUUAACCUCUCUGAAAUUGUCCAACAUGGACUAAAGUCGUCCAGAAGAGUCAGGCAUGUCGUGGGCUUCAAGUUUAGGAACGAUUACACAUAACUUUCCAUUGUGUUGGCCAUACAACAUCAUAUUCUGUCGCUGUAAGGAGGGGAAAGAGGCUGAAGCACUGUUUUUUAUAGGUGUGUGCGCGUGCGUGUGUGUGUGUGUGUGUGUGUGUGCGCGUGUGUGUAAGUAAAAGGUGUCUGGACUACUAGCAUGUUCCCAAGACACUACAAUGUCUACUGGUGUAGGCUGUAGUUCAUUAGAGAAAAUCAGUUAUUGGACAUGUGGUAAUUAAGCAUGAACAGCUGGAUUGUGCUUUUUUUCCCCUCAUUUUAUUCCCUCACUUGAAUCUUCAAACACAAAUUAGUUGCACUCAACUGUAGCUUCCUCAUCACAUGUGAGACCGGGCAGGUGUCACAUAGCAGAUGCGGUCCAGUCCUGGCGUUUAGUUUGAAAUGUGGCAGGGAUAAUGUUGAAUUUAUUCUAAUUUUUUUUUCUUCUUGGGAUGGUUUUAUUUAUUUGUUCAUAGUUUUUACUACAUAAUGAUGAACACUGUGAGAUGAGAUGUGACAAACCACAAAAUUAAAUGUCGUAGUUCAGUCAAAGUCUUCAGAGUCGUGGGUUAUUGCAUUCAUUUAUUUUUUAAAUUUAAUUUCUUCUUUUUCUUUUCUUUUCUUUUUUUUUUAAAGUAAAGAUGCUGUUUGAAAAAUGAAUGCAGCCAUAACCCUCUGGCGGUGACAGGUGAAGACGUAGUACACACGGGCCAAAUAAGAGGCGUAUGAAAAGGCAAUGAAAACAAUCUUUUCUUUUUAAAAUAUAUAUAUUUUUUGUGUAAAAGAUCAUGAUGGGUGUUUUUUCUUCUGGCUUUAACAUUAGACACUACUGAUGAUGGGUACAUAUGAUUUGUAUAUACAACAUGCAUUUUGUUUUAUUUUUUUCCUUCUAUGCCACAAGCUCCAGUGUGACAUUGAUCAGUGAUUUUAAUCUGAUGGUACUUUCACGCAUCUGUUUGAUCCGUCUAUGGUUUCUGACUGUCCGAGGAAAGGAUUGCGAUAUCUGCUGGAAUUUGUAUUUCACUUGCUCCUCUCAUGGUAAUUUGGUGGUACUACUGAUCCCAGGCCAUUUUGCUGCAACUUCCUUUUUUUAAUUUAAUUUAAUUUUUUAAAUCUAUAUAAACACAACUAUUGCAGGUGCUUGUUGAGUUCUUUCAAGAGCUGAGUAAUGCAGAUCUGUUUCUACAUACGUCUUCUGGGGUGACAUCUUUCUCAAUGACACUGGAAUACUUAGCAGCUUCUUGUAAACCUUACUAUUCUGAUACUGCCACUGGCUGUUUAUUCAGAAAUCCAGACGAUUGCUGACAGUUCGUGCACAGGGAACAUGUGGUUAGAUGUAAAAUGUAGUUGGGAGUUUUACUGUCAAAGACUGACAUGCUGUAAAGAGAAACUGCAUGUUUUCAUUCUACAUCUGACUUUGAGUCCGUCUCCAGACGAGACUAUGAAAGUAUUACACUGACAUUUGUCACCAUCGGGCUCUGCACUGUUAUGUCCACAAGGGCGAUUAGUUAACGUUAGUUACGCCAUCACUUGAUCCAGAAUCCAUGUGUCAUGUUGGUAUCCAUUUUUUGCAUGCUGUCUCAAACACUGGGUCCUCUGCAUUGAGGUAGAUAAACUUAAGAGAUGAUGUUUUUUGUUUUGUUUUUGUUUGUUUUUUUCCCCCCACCAUUUCCUGUGUGCUUUUUGUUGUUGUUUUUUAUU